AUGAUAUUUGCCUUCAUCUCAAAUGUUAAAAUGUUAUUGCAAGUGUUACACUGUGACUUGGCUGCAAGAAAUAUUUUACUAGCAGAAUACAAUGUUCUUAAAAUUUGUGAUUUUGGUUUGGCAAAGGCAUUGUACAAGGAUGAAAACUAUAAAAAGCAACAUGAAGGACAGUUUCCUGUUAAGUGGAUGGCUAUUGAAUCUAUGAGGGACGGGGUCUUUUCAACUAUGUCAGAUGUUUGGUCAUUUGGUGUAGUUUUAUGGGAAUUUUUCACCCUAGCCGGAAUACCUUACUUAGGUAUGGGGUUCGAGAGAAUGUAUCAAAAACUCAUCGAAGGCUACCGCAUGCGAUGUCCUAGUUAUGCCACCAAAGACAUCUACGAUAUUAUGCUUUGUUGUUGGGAGGAAAACCCGAUUUUUAGACCAUCUUUUACGAAACUUGUCGAAUGCAUUGGUGAACUUUUAGAGGAUGACAUCAAAUUGUACUUCUUAAGAUUUAUACAACAAGUAUGA